AUGAGCACAUCGCCCAAUCCUUCCGGCAUCCGGGCUCUCAUUCCGGGCCUUCGCCUCGGGAGAUAUACGCCCGGGCAUUUGAAUUCUCUCACCGAUGUGCCAGGUGUGCUUGUGCACACUGAAUCUAUUAUCAAGAAAGCCUCGGAAACAGAGCGUGGACUCGCGAUCAAUACCGGGGUCACCGUCAUCCUGCCCCGCCGCGACUGGUUCGACAACGCCAGCUAUGCAGGCUACUUUCGCUUCAACGGUAGCGGGGAGAUGACUGGCUCGCACUGGCUCGACGAGACUGGCCUGCUCAACUCACCCAUCGUCCUCACAAACUCAUUCUCGGUUGGGCCCUGCUAUAGUGGAAUUUACCAGUAUGCCAUUCGUGAAUAUUCCAAGAAUGGCAAGCCGGCCGACUGGUUUCUAUUGCCCGUUGUCGCCGAAACUUGUGAUUUGUUUCUGAAUGAUAUCGCGGCCAUGGUCGUUACGCCCGAGAUGGUGGUUAAUGGGAUCGACAAUGCGUCGAGUGUAAAAGUCCCCGAGGGAAAUACGGGUGGAGGGACUGGGAUGACUUGUCAAGGGUUCAAGGCAGGCACUGGAAGCGCCAGUCGCAUUAUUGAAGGGGUAGAAUUUGGGGAGAAGAAAGCGUAUACAGUUGCAGCGCUGGUCCAGGCAAAUUUUGGCGCCAAGCGGGAUCUUCGCUUUGGUGGUGUCCCUGUGGGCAGAAUCAUGCUCGAACGAGAAGAAGCAAAACAAGCCUCGGCCGAUAAUAACACCACUACUGAGAAUACCGAGGAAAAAGACGAGGAAAGAAGACUGGCUUUAAAAGAUGGCAGUAUUAUUGUUGUCCUCGCCACAGAUGCUCCCUUGCACCCGGUCCAACUCCAACGUCUUGCCAAACGAGCCACUGUUGGUGUUUCAAGGGUUGGUGGCUGGGGAUCAAAUUCUUCCGGGGAUUUAUUUCUCGCAUUUAGCACUGCCCAAGGAAUCCCAAGAGCUCCCCCGUUUAGUUGGAACCCCACAACGGAGCAAAAGGUGAGCGUCGUGCAGGAUGUCACCAUCAAUGCUCUGUUUGAAGCCGCAGCAGAUAGCACAGAGGAGGCAAUUUACAAUGCUUUAGUUGCCGCAAAGGAUAUGGAGGGGCCACUGGGGGCAGCGGAGGCAAUCGAUCAUCAGGAGCUGAAAGCGAUAGUUGAAGAGUAUCUAUAG